AUGCCACCGCCUUCGGUACGUAUGCAGGAAGUCGCCCAAUUCUUCAACAGGAUGAGUCAUACAGACAUCCUCGAAUACUGUCUAGGGUUCGACAAGCCCAACGCACCAGCGCUCGCCGAGCACGUCUUACUCAUUGCACUGGAAUGCGAUCACUUGCGUCAAGAGCCGUACUACCUGCUAGAUAUCGGCGCGCACACUGUCAAACGCAAAGAUGCGCAGAGCUUGAUUGAAGAACCCGGUGCACACAGCCUCAACAUCCUUCGCAACAUCUCAUACCACCACAUAUGCGUCAAGGACAAUGCACGUUAUGUGAAUCGGCUGGGCCGUGCCUCGCACUCCGAGUUCACCCGCUUCGGCCGUACUCGUUACGUUGAGGUGUCAGAAAUCAAGGAGAUACUGGAGGACUUGCUGCACCAGCCCAUCGAUGACAUUUUGCCGGAUAUCAAGAACAGCCCUGCAGCCGCUGCAUAUCCAGCGCCUGGUCCCCGUCCCAUUGUCAUCCUCAACGCAGAUGACUCGCAGCAGCAGCUACUAGCCCGUACUUUCCAGACGGAGCCUUUGGUCUGGGAGAACGUCGUAGCGACCAUCAACACGCGCCAAAUCGCCCGCGAGAAAGCCCUCGAGUGGCGCGGCCAAGAUUCCUCGUUGCGCCAGCUACUCAACACUUUCGGCAUCGAGUGCCCCUUUGGAUGCAGUUCUUCCGAUUCCCUUGCGUAUGCGCUCAUUGCGGCUGUGCAGAUGGUGAUGCGGCCCAAGAUGCUACUUGCGAGAGAGACUAUGCGGUCGGUUGUCAAUGUCGUGAUGCUGCACAGUCAGUGCCAUGUUCCCGAGUGGGGCAACGAGCUCUACUGUACGUGCUGUGGAUCAGAACAGCAUCGACGUACACGGUGUGUGAAGCUGAUGGUUGCAAGGGGGUGCUACAAGUGUAGGAAGGCAAGGAGGUUUGGCUUGGAGGUGGGCCAUGUCGCUGACAUGUGCCCCUGGGACUAG